AUGGGGGAAUGGACCAUCCUAGAGAGACUCCUCGAAGCCGCCGUCCAGCAGCACUCCACUAUGAUAGGGAGGUAAGCGGCCCGACGGCUCCCGGCGCGCCUCCCUCCCCGUCGCCCUCUUUGACCCUGCCGGGCUCCUGCGGCGGAGGGAGCUCCACGGGGACGCUGCGCUCUCCUGCGCUCCCUCGCGCGCUCCCUGCCCGCCAUCCUAAAUGGCAUCGCCCUGGAAGGAAGUCCCCUGGAUUCCUGCGGGACCGGCUUCCAGGAAGGGGGAGUUGGGGGGGGAGGAAGCCGCAGCCCAACCGGACACCUUGAAGCACCGGAUUUCCCAGCAACCCCCAUUCCCAACCCCCUUCGACAUUCCCAAUUAUUUCUUUGGCAAACUUGCUACCGCACAGGACUGCGCGGUCUCUCUCUCCGCCCCCCCCCACUCCCUUCAAACCGCUUCUCUGCUUUGUUUCAGAGUUCACUGCUAGUGCACGGGACUCUCUUAACCUUCGAUAUAAUCCAUUCCCCCCCCCUUCCCUUCCCACCCCCGUCGGCUUAUUCAUUAAAAAAGAAAAGCGAAUGACUGAAUGCACAUUUAAAGGAGACAGAAGAUGUGGAUGAUGUUUGCUGUUAGGUAGCAUAAUAGUAAUAAUAGUAAUAAUAAUAGUAAUAUGUAGAAUGAGUCACUUUCAAAGAGUCGUAUUAUUAUCUAGCUGGUGAUUGCAGCUGGCAAAAUGCAAGGGUAAAGUAAGGACAAGUGAGCUCCCUUACCUUUGAUUUGCUUCCCUCCUCUCAUUUAUGGUUUGAUCAAUAUGCUGCAUACCAUAGAAAGUGGGAGAGGUGCCACUCUCUUUUAUUUGACCGACAUCUGUUUUCGGACACUUGAGGUACAGGAGAAAAACACGCACACAACUGGCUGCUUAGAACUGUCAUUGUGGUUAUAGAUUUUCCCCUGUAUAAGCCAAAGUAAGAUUUGUGCUCAAAUAAACCAAGCAAGCAUUUCCUUCUGUUUGCUGUAAACAUCCGUAUGGAUAAGGACAUUGCUUAGGCAAUCAUUUUUUGUUUUUUGUUUGGUCAAGCCACUCAAGAAAAGCGGAGAAGUUUGAGAAGGUUGAAUGAGAUACAAGAUCAGCACUGGACAGCUCCCCAUAAUGAUUGAAAUUAGCCUGCGUUUUCUUAACCUCUUUAAGUUCAAAGAAUAUAAGAAAUGCCAUGCUUGAUUUGACUGGUGGUGCAUCGGUUUGGUUAUUUUAUAAAUUUGUGAAUCACAUUCACUACUUUAAAAGUGCCCAAAUUAAUGUAGAAUAAAAAUGAUUCCUAAAAGCUAGUGCACAGCCAUAGAGAAAGUGUAAAUAAAAAUAGCAAAAAAGGGGGGGAUAACAAGUAAUAUCCUGGAGAGGUCUUUGCAAAUAAAAAUAUUUACACUUGUUUGUGGGAAGAAUAUACAGAGGCAGAUUGCUGAACCCCUUCUAGGGCAUCAGCAAUGCCUUCUAGGGCAUCUAAUACAUAUCUAAUGGAUAUCUCUGACUGUGGCCAGACAGGAGCAAGUUGAGCAAGAUUAUGACACCCAUCAUGACUUUUAUGGUUUUACCAUAUAAUAAUCACACUGUCUCUGAACACAGAAGUUGUGCUUCUGACUAGCUUGGCUAGUGGCCACCAGCAGAGCUAUUCUCCAUUUAUGUGUUUUCUUUAAAAUAGUAGUGAUUUUUUUCAGUAUUCCUCUUCUGCCCUGUAAAUGUGCACUCAUCUAACCUUUGUUUUAUAGGAUUCUGCUGACCGUGGUGGUGAUCUUCAGGAUUCUUAUUGUGGCCAUUGUAGGAGAAACUGUGUACGACGAUGAGCAGACUAUGUUUGUGUGCAACACCUUGCAGCCAGGCUGCAACCAGGCAUGUUAUGACCAAGCAUUUCCCAUUUCUCACAUUCGAUACUGGGUAUUUCAGAUCAUCAUGGUGUGCACUCCUAGCCUCUGCUUUAUAACAUAUUCUGUUCACCAAUCUGCCAAGCAGAGGGAAAGGAGGUACUCCACUGUCUUCCUCACUUUGGACAGGGAUCAGGACUCCAUGAAGAGGGACGACAGCAAGAAGAUCAAGAAUACCAUUGUCAAUGGGGUGCUGCAGAACACUGAGAACUCCACCAAGGAGGCAGAACCUGACUGCUUGGAAGUAAAGGAAAUUCCUAACCCAGCUAUUAGAACCACCAAGUCAAAGAUGAGGCGGCAAGAAGGGAUCUCUAGGUUUUAUAUCAUUCAGGUGGUCUUCAGAAAUGCCCUGGAGAUUGGGUUUUUAGUGGGACAGUAUUUCCUGUAUGGAUUCAAUGUCCCAUCCAUGUACGAAUGUGACAGGUAUCCUUGCAUUAAGGAAGUGGAGUGUUACGUCUCCAGGCCCACUGAGAAGACAGUCUUCUUGGUCUUCAUGUUUGCCGUCAGUGGCAUUUGUGUGGUGCUCAAUUUGGCCGAACUGAACCACUUGGGCUGGAGAAAGAUCAAAAUGGCAGUGAGGGGAGUGCAAGCGAAACGGAAAUCGAUUUAUGAAAUCAGAAACAAAGACCUGCCACGUAUGAGUGUGCCUAACUUUGGCAGGACUCAGUCCAGUGACUCUGCUUACGUGUGA